CGCCACCCCAACUGCUACCCAGCUACUGUACUCAACGUAGCCAUAUUGUUGUUACUUUUAAGGCAACUAGCGAGAGAUCCGCUGUAUGCGGACGGCAAGAUAGGGGCUUUCAAUUUUGGAAUACACGGAGCAAUAAUUAACUCAUAAGUUAAUAGCCAAAGAAGUUACAGUCGGGUAAGUCUCCCCAGACAAUAAUAGUUUACACCAGACAUGUUAACAGGCAAGACUAAGAUGGUGGACCGGCUGGCGAACAGCGAGGCCAACUCCAAGCGCAUCGGGGUAGUGGAGGGCUGCUUCGGCGCGGCAGGUCAGCCGCUCGCCAUCCCAGGCCGCGUGCUCAUCGGCGAGGGCGUGCUCACCAAGCUGUGCCGCAAGAAGCCCAAGGCGCGCCAGUUCUUCCUCUUCAACGACAUCCUGGUAUACGGCAACAUCGUCAUCCAGAAAAAGAAGUACAACAAGCAGCACAUCAUUCCGCUGGAGAGCGUCACCAUCGACACGGUGCCGGACGAGGGGGAGCUGCGUAACGGCUGGCUCAUCAAGACACCCACCAAGUCCUUUGCCGUCUACGCCGCCACCGCCACCGAGAAGUCCGAGUGGAUGAGCCACAUCGGCAAGUGCGUCGGCGACCUUCUGGAGAAGAGCGGCAAGGCGCCAACCGGAGAGCACGCCGCGGUCUGGGUGCCCGACUCAGAGGCCACCAUCUGCAUGCGCUGCCAGAAGGUCAAGUUCACGCCCAUGAGCCGCCGCCACCACUGCCGCAAGUGUGGGUUUGUGGUGUGCGGGCCGUGCUCGGAGAAGAAGUUCUUGCUGCCCAGCCAGUCGUCCAAGCCGGUGCGUGUCUGCGAGUUCUGCUACGUGCAGCUGAGCUCGGGGGGCAGCCUGGGUGUGCGUUCAGACUCCUACAGCAGAUACGGCCCCAAGUACAACAGCAACAACAUGUCGGACGAGGACGACGAGGACGACAGCAGUGACUGAGGAUGCAUCCCUUCCACCUUGUUCUUGUUUUUUUGGGGGGGGGGAAAUAUUCUAUUCAUUACUUUGGGGCUUUGUCUCAUUUAUUAUUGGUUUUCUGAUGAAGUUCCACAGGAGUCUCCAACUGUGACAGUGAUGUUAACAUGUCGUGUAGUUGGAUUGGUAAACAUCUGAACACUAGGCAUAAACUGACUGCUUCCUAAAAUGACACUUUUGCUUCACAGUCCAUUCUUCCUGUAAUUAAUUACUAAUCAAUUGUCCUCACUACAAGACAGAAAGACACCCUAACUGUCCUUAUCUUAUUCCGUCUACAAUCUUUUCCUGUAGUAUUGACAUGUAUUUUUCUACAGAUGGAGUGCUAAAGUCCUUAAAUUAUGCGAACCAUUGUUGUGGUGAAAAGCAAAUGUUUGGCUGAGUGUCAAUGGGUAAGCUAUACAUAUUUCAGGUAAUAUACCAAACAGUGCAUUUAUUCACUAGUUUCUUCAGGAUUUUUCUACCCUCUAUUUUACCCUACACUCAAUAUUUGUCUUUAAAGCAGAACCGAAGGGCCCUCAUAUUAACAAAUAACUGAAAUGUAUGCAAAAUCCUGGCUUGUGUAGUCAGCCUUACUAGUUGUUGGUUUUGUAGAUUUGCUUAUGACAGAUCACCUCAUGCUUUGUGAACAAGCCUUCUUUUGGGUGCGAGAAAGAGACAGAAAUUGAGUGUAGCAAGUAAUAAAGAAAUUGCAGUUCAUCUGCCAACAUUGGCAUGAUUACACAGAAUAUUAAACAAUUCCGGCAGUAAGCUGUCCCAAAAAUGUACUUGCCUUCAUGUCACAUAGUGCCUCUACAGUGAAGAGCUAGUUGUAAUUUUGUAGCUAUGAAAUUUACAUUUCUAGGUAUCUUAUUAUAUGUGAGUGCUGUAUUUUAGCAGUAUAAGUACAGUAGUAAAAUGGAUUUAGGGCAAAGUGUAUAUUCCGAUAAUGUGCAUAUUUCGAGUGUUAUUUUUUUAUGGAGUCAAUGUCUCUUUCAUGUUCUUUUUAAAUUAUGGAUGGAACUUGUCACCAAUACGUUAUACAAAGCUUUAUAUAGUUCCGUGCUGCAAAUGGUUCUUCCUUGCUCAGUUUUGUGACAGACUUCUUGGUUGAGUUUGGUUGUUGUUUUCUUGACUGAGACUGGCUGACAGCAACAAUGAGGAAAUCAUCCCAUUGUCUUCCAGCCACUGUUGUCACCUCGACAUAAAACUGCUUCCUAACAUGACCUUUAGAGGUCGAAGGUUAAAGCUUGUACAGAAAACACCUCAGCAACCCCCCUGUACAGCAGAACUCUAAAGAAAAAACAAUUAAAACAAAAAGACCUAAACGUAAACUCUCAAAUAAUCUGUUGGUCACUCCCCUUUAUUUCAACGUAAACACACACGUGCUAAAGAUUCCCCUGCCGCUUAACCAGGAAGUGAAACGCUCCAUAGAGGAACAGUGGAAAAACUACCCACCACCAACCUUCAGUCUACUGCUAUGCUGCUGGGAAGUGAAUGUGAAAGGCAAUACCAAACUCAGUUAUUUUACUGGCUCUGCUGAAGAGAGCAGAGUCUCAUGGCUUCCACUCUGGGUCAAGGUUUCUCUUCCGCUUCCUCCAUGUGUUUCCUCUGAUUGGCUCCCGGUUUGGUGGUCUUUACACUUACAACGAUCAGGUGGUAGACACCUCGUAAAGGAAUUAUUGACGUUGUAUAUUUUCUUGUACACAGACACAAAAUCAAGCUCUUUUUUCUUAUAGACCUCUGGCAAUAGGACAAGAUGAUCAAUGCUUCUGAUUUUGGAUUUGUGACCACUUGGUUGUCUUUAAUUUUCAGACAUCCUCAAAAAUACUUCUCGGCUAAAUCUCAAAGAUAUUUGUGAAACUGGUACCCUUACAGAUUCAUUCUGGCACAUUUGUCUUUGAAAUAAUAAAUCCAUGCAAUACUACAUACUUGAGUUCCCAAAUUAUAUUUUUCAAGGAUUUUGCUCAAUUUUUAAUUACUCUUUGUUUAAAUCUUGUUCAAUUUUUGAACAAUUGUACAGUUUUUUUAUUUUAUUUUGUACAUUCAUGUCGAUGUUAAAACAAUGCUGUUUCAGGUCUCCUUGUGCUCAUGUCGCCCACAAUUUUGGCGACCGGAUAAAUCAUCAGCACUUUACUCUCUCUUUGUCCCUUUUGAGAAGGGGUCAUAACCCGGAGCAGCAUUAUGAUAGACCAGAAACACUGACAGGAAUGGCCGUGACAUCAUCUCUGAAGGGUGAACGAAACCUGGGCAUAAACACAACCUGAGAUUUAGAUUGCAACCUAAUGAGAAAAAAAACGGUUAGUUUCUUUUGCAAAGAUAUAGGAGGGUAAUGUGAGAUUUAAAGAAAAGUGCACCAUUCUCCAAACAAGCUUGUUUUCCUCAUUUAAGGGUUUUUAAACCACUUGAAUGGAGUUUGAGUUCUUUUGUUUGGUAUUGGGUAGUAAAUCAUUUGUGAUAUUUUCUUAAAAUGUUUGUUUAAAUCUUCUCAAAAGGGCUAUAACCUGAAUGUAAUCCAGCAUAUCAUCCAUAGAUACUAAUCUAUUUUUUCCCUCUGAAGUCAUUAUAUAAAUAAUGUAUUGCCUAAA